CAGUGUUUUAGCGAUAUCAAAGCGAUUCAAGGACUCGGAGUGGCAGCUCGAUUUGGUCAGAUUUGUUUAAUAUGCUAUGAUAUAUCCAUUUAUACACACUUGGUUAUUUCAGUGAACAGAUUUGUAUCUGUUUACAUGCCGACAAGAUACAAUAUGAUAUUCACUGAUCGUUUUACGACUGUACUGAUUUCGGGUAUUGUACUGCUGUCUUUUUGCUUCUCCUUCGUUUUAGUUUUCUUGUCCUGCCAAAUGGGAUUCUCCAUACAGCGAUGGAUGUUAGACUAUGCUACACCACCGUGUGAUUUGAAUAACGUUUAUUAUGCGGAAUUCCUUCGCGGUCUGAUAGUGAUAUCACUUUUCGCCAUCAUCAACUGUUGCACUUUUAUUAGAAUGAACUUUUAUAAUAAGAAAAAGGCAAGUGAUUGUUUUAUUUAUUUAUUUAUUCAUAUGUUUGUUGUUGUUUGGUGCGCGCAUGCCUGCAAAGUGAAUGUGCGAGCUGCUACUGUAAUCGUUGAGUUUCACCAACCCUAA